UGCCUUCUCAACCAUGAACUGCCGGGGACUGCUAGCACUGAGUACCAUCAUCUUGAUGUACCGCUCAGUCGAGGGUACUGCUGAACCAAGAGGACAAGACUGUGCUGAGGUCUUCCAGGCUCAACUGAGGAGGCUUUUGGCCCUCAGAAAGACCUGCAACUCUGCUGGUUUCAACGAUUGUUGCCAGAUAAAACAGCUGAUGCCUAAUGCAACAACAAAAGUCUACAAGAUGGCGGACUUGCUGUCAGUAGCCAAGUCACCAUUUCGAUCUCCCUCCACGGUUGCUGCUCGCUGUGACAUGGACACUGACAGUGGAGGAUGGAUUGUCAUCCAGCGAAGAGUGGCCAAUGGAACGGUCAAUUUCACUCGGGGUUGGUGCGAUUAUCAGAAUGGAUUUGGAGAUCUUGAGGGAGAGUUUUGGUACGGACUCAGCAACAUCCACUACCUCACUUCGCAGGAGAACGUAGAGCUGAGGAUCGACAUGAUCAUGGAGGACGAUGGGUCUCACCUCUCUUGGACCUACCAGACCUUCCGUGUGGCUGGAGCCUCAGACAACUACACGCUCACCAUUGGAGGCGGCCAAGGACCUGGACGAGAUGCAAUGGCCUACCAGAACCAACAACAAUUUUCCACCUAUGACAACGACAAUGAUAAUUACGAGUACGCUUGCGGGUACACCCACCAGGGAGGAUGGUGGUACAACGCGUGCUACCUGGCUAAUCUCAAUGGACCCCACAUCACUCCAACCUACCCCGGGGUUAACCAGAGGUUCGCAAGGCUCAUCUGGAAUGAUGGGACCUACAGAGACGUGGCCAGUGUGGAGAUGAAGAUUCGAGCAAAGCAGUGCACCAUCACAACGGAUGAUCCCUCCUGCUAGCUGUUUCUUCAGCAACAUUUUGUAGCGUAGUGUAGUGUGUUGACAGUGUAGUAGCUAGAUGAUG